UUCUCCUCACCCCUCCUCCUCCUCACUCCAUCAUGGCGAUGCAUAACAAGGCCACUCCACCACAGAUCCCCGACACACGCAGAGAGCUGGCCGAGCUAGUGAAGCGGAAACAAGAGCUAGCGGAGACGUUGGCGAACUUAGAACGUCAGAUCUAUGCAUUUGAAGGAAGUUAUUUGGAAGACACACAGAUGUAUGGAAACAUUAUCAGAGGAUGGGAUCGAUACUUAACAAACCAGAAAAAUUCAAAUAGUAAGAAUGAUAGGAGAAAUAGAAAGUUUAAAGAAGCAGAAAGACUUUUUAGCAAAUCUUCAGUCACAUCUGCAGCGGCUGUAAGUGCAUUGGCCGGUGUACAAGACCAAAUGGUUGAAAAACGAGAACCUGGCAGUGGAACAGAAAGCGACAACUCUCCAGACUUCCAGAAUCAGGAGAAUGAACCCAGUCAGGAUGAUGUAGAGGAUCUUGAUGGUUCUUUGUCUGGUGUGAAGCCUCAGAAAGCAGCUUCUUCAGCCAACUCUGGCAGCCAUCAUAGCAGUCACAAGAAGCGCAAGAAUAAAAAUCGGCACAGUCCAUCUGGCAUGUAUGAUUAUGACUUCGAGAUUGACCUCAAAUUGAACAAAAAGCCAAGAUCUGAUUACUGAGGAGCGUGAAUCCACUCUUCCAGAGGCAUCACAAUCCUCUGCACAGAACAACUUUCACUUCCAAUCCAAGAGUUUCCCACAGCUUUAUGCCAAGAGGAAAUUUCAAGAGGACUGCAAAAGCGUGUAUUUUUGAAAUAUGAAUGAAGAUUCCGUGGAUCCAGCAGAGCAGUUCGUUAAUUUUUUUUUUUUUUUUAAUCCUGAAUUCCGGCCAUUGCUUGUAUAGCAAUUUGCAACUGCUUAUCUACAAAAUGACAUUAUCAGUCGUGCAGCAAUACAAAGUUGAUGGAUUUUUAUU